CGGGCGCGGGCGGCCGGGCAUGGAACGGCGCCUGGCCGAGUUCCGGGAGGCCCGGAGACGGGCCGCUCCGGGCCCGAAGGAGGAAGCAGCCCCGGGCUGGCUACAGCGCUACCUGCGGUGGAAAGCGAGGCCCGCGAGUACCGGGACCUCAGCCAGUCCCGCUCAGGAAGCAGCUCCGGCUCCCGCUCAGCUGGGAAACAGCCCGUCCUGGCCCCCUCUGCCCUCGGCCAUCCCACCCGCGCCCAGGGACCAGUGGCUCCUGACCAGGAUCACUGUCUUGAAGGUGCUCCUCUGGCUGGUGCUCCUGGGCCUGUUUGUGGAGCUGGAAUUUGGCCUGGCGUAUUUUGUCCUGUCUUUAUUCUACUGGAUGUACGUCGGCACACGGAGCCCUGAGGAGAAGAAGGAGGGAGAGAGAAGUGCAUACUCGGUGUUCAACCCAGGCUGCGAGCCCAUCCAGGGCACACUGACAGCAGAGCAGUUUGAGCGCGAGUUACUGUUCCGGUCCCCAGAGGGGAGAUAGGUCUGAGAUCCACGGCCCUGCAGCUGCCGGGGGCCCUGCCACCCUUGGGCAUGAACUCAUGGAUUCGAGUCCCGGACAGAGCUCAGGGCAGCUGGCAGGGUAGCUCUGGGACGGUGUGCUUCUCUCACGUAUAUCGUCUUCUGUCCAGUCAACCUGCUGCUAGUGUUUCAUCCUUGAACUUGGCGUUGAUUUUUGGUGAAAAAAAAAUCCCAUUGGAUCUCAGGCAAUUUGUGAAAAUAAUAUCCUUAAUAAAGGAGACUGUCUCGUUAUUUGGGCGAGGUGACUUCAGAGCAUUACAUAUUACCCCAGUGUUUGAAGUCAUGGUUAGGUACUGUCUGUUGAAAGUAAAUGUGUUAUCUUGAAGCCCCUUAACAUGUAUAGCUUUUUGUUGUUGUUAUUCCUGAAAAGUUGUAAUUUGUCAAUUGUAUUUUUCUGUUUUCUUCUUUCUAUCUUGCUUUUUUGGGACAUUCAUGGUAUUGAA